GUAUUUUUAGAACAACACCCUGGCUUUGGUGGUGUCAACAGCACUUUUACCCGAGCCUUUUUUUAAAUAAUAAUAUACAUCUUUUUUAGAGAAAUUUAGACAUGUUUACCUGGAAAAGGAAAGGAGUUUAGCAGUUUUUUUUAUUUAACUGUUUGAAUCAACCACCUGUGGCUACAUCAAAGAUGACAGUCAUGUGAUGAUAGAAAAGCCGUUUCAGUGCUUUCAUGAAGGCGUUCGUGCAGAUGGAGACUGACUUGAGGCUGGAGUCCAGCCUCUGGGUGGACAACAGGAGAUGCGCUGCUGUCCUCACCGGCUGGCACUUCAAGUGGAGCGAAGUGGAUAAGAGGAGUCGGGACAAGAAAACAGUUUCAGUACCUGUGGCCGAGCUGGUUGGGGUAGAGGAGGGCAAAGUGGAAGUCCUGCCCCACAAGACUGUUGAGGAUACAGACAAAGAUUUUACCGUUUUCUAUGUGAAGCGCAGCAGCUUUACUGGAUCCUGUGGGUUGCUAUGGAGAUUGGGCCGGACCCAGUUCAGCUGCCCCAGUCGAGUCCUCAGGGACCAGUGGAUCAAAAAUCUCAGGACAGCGGUCCAAACACACACUCCUCUACGUCCACAUAGACUCUUGGUGUUCAUCAACCCUUUUGGAGGAAAGAAGAUGGCAAGGCAGAUCUUUCAUUCCCUCGUGGCUCCUCUGUUUGAGCUGGCUGGUAUCAGCUCUCAUGUAAUAGUGACUGAGCGGGCAAAUCAAGCCAGAGACCACCUCCUGAAGAAAGACCUGAUGGGAUUUGAUGGUGUGGUGUGUGUGGGAGGCGACGGCAUGUUCAGUGAAAUACUUCAUGGCGUGAUCGGGCGGACUCAGCAAGAGGCCGGCACUUGUGAGAAUGAUCCUGGUGUCACUUUGCAGCCUUGCCCGCUUCACAUUGGUAUCAUCCCGGCAGGAUCCACAGACUGCGUGUGUUACGCCACAGUGGGAGUGAUCGACCCCGUUACCUCAGCUUUACACAUCAUCAUCGGUGACUCUCAACCUUUGGAUGUGUGUUCAGUCCAUCACGGGUUUGCUUUAGUGCGCUACUCAGUGUCUCUCCUCGGCUAUGGCUUCUACGGGGAUGUACUGGUUGAGAGUGAGAAACACCGCUGGAUGGGACCGCUCAGAUACGACUAUUCUGGGUCAAUGGUGUACUUGAGCAACAGAAGUUACACCGGCACAGUUCAAUAUUUACCAGCAGACCCGCUACUGUCCAGCCCAAGAGACAACACACGCUGCCUGUCUGGGUGCACCGUCUGCUCCAGAAGCACAGAGAGACUUUUUCCUAAUUCCUCUGACUCAGGCUCCCUUUACAGCUCCUACUCUGGACAUUUCCAUAAUGACUUAGAAGGUGAGUGGGUGACUGUGCAGGGCAGGUUCAAGUGUGUGUCUCUCACCUGUAUGUCCAGCUCAUGUACCAGAAGCCCCAUGGGCCUGUCUCCGUCCGCACACCUGGCAGACGGAACAGGAGACCUCGUUCUGGUGUGGGACACUAACCCUCUGAGCUUCCUCAGGUUUCUCUACAGGCACACAAGCACAGAUGACCAGUUUGACCUGCCAUUUGUGGAGGUCCAUCGUGUGAAAGCGGUUCGUUUCAGUCUGGCAGGGGAUAUAAAAGAGGAAGGACACGAAGAAAUCAGAGAGCCGAGUGAUGAGAUGGACAUAGAAGCUGGAGGACAGGUGAGGAGUGGAAGCAGAAACGGAUCUCAGCAGCACUUGGCAGAGAAAGCCACAGGAAGAGUGACGACAAGUGAGAAGAAAACAGUGAUCCCCUUCACAUGUUGCCUGUGCUGCAAGAAACCUCCUGCUGUGUCAGUUUGGAACUGUGAUGGAGAGAUCCUGCCUUUUACUAACAUCUCCUGCAAGAUUCAUGGCCAGUUGGUGAGACUGUAUGCCCGGGGCAUCGAGGACAAAGCUGCCAUUCACCACUGCAGCCAGGAGAGGGACAUGUGCAAUAUCACAUACAUGCUAGAAACAAGUCUGCCUUAAGUUUUAGAAAAGAGAAAAACAAGAGAACAGCUGUUUUUCCAGUCAGCUUUUGCCAAAGUGUUUCUAAAAUUUGGGUAUUGUCUGUGUCUUCAUUUUGUUUUUACACUUUUAUUGAAAAAAAAUCUAUUUAUUCUUAGUCACGUGUGAUUAUGUAUGAGUGUGCCUUAAGAUAUCACAGUUCUUUUCUUUGCUCUAAUAUAGUCUUAAAAGUCUGUUGUCCAGUCAAGAAAAGCAAAUUCAAUUAGACAGUUUUGUCCCCUCAAAAAACUAAAACUCUGACUAUUUUAACAAACUAACACUGAUCUUUCACCAAUGAGCUGUAAAAUUACUAACACAUUACUGAACGAGAUGCAAUGUGAGUUCUUCAAACUUGUGUUUAGUUUGCUGCUCUUCCCACGGUUGUGAGAUCUAUGCAGCGUCAUUAAAUAUUUUAUUUGUUUGCAAAAAGUUGUGCGUAUGUGUGACUCCAGUUAAGGCGCACACCUGUUGCAAACUAAGUGACAAAACCCAAUGUGAGCCAGUGCAGCUAGCAGUUAAGAAUUCAAUGUCUUAAAGUGCCACUCCAAUCAUCUUUAGAUCUAUUUUAAAAGGGUUCCCAUGCGUCUUUCAAUUAUGCUUAUGCAAUUUUUAAGCAUAAUCGCUGUGUUGUUUUCCAGGACAUAGCAUCCACAGAGUGGCUGGAGUUCAUUCAAAAUUUGCCUCUGAUUUCUGUUUACACUCUCUACCACUAGCUUACAGUCCUUAACACCCCUAACCUAACAUUAUCGGUGCAACAAAAAUGGUGAGCAAUAUUGGAGCUAUCCAGCUGUACAGUUUUGAGCCAGAUGCCAGCUCAGACGAGGAAAAAAAAGACGUACUUGGAUCUAUCUCUCUGCAAGAGGAUGCAAUGUAAUGGAGUGGAGCAGUGGAAUUGUUGCCCGUCACAAUUACACAAUUACUCCUGAUUACAACUAUUUUAAUAAAGAAGUACUCAACAGUGCAAUUUUAGGCUUAAUUUUCUUUAUGUCCUCCAUUAUGAGAAAAAAGCAGCAAAAACAAGAUUUUCAUUGGAGUAGGUCUUAAAUGAUGAAGAAAACUGCAUUGAUAGUUAUUGCAACGCUAUUAAAGUUGAAGUUUACUCUUAAACUUAUAAAUGCCCACAGAAUUUUUUUGUUUUUACCUGAAUCAAGAAAUAAAUGUUACUCCUCUUAUGUAUAA